AAAUCCCUCCAAUUCCAUUCAUGUAAUUAAGAACUCCAGCAGAUACUCAGAUUCUCCACUACCCAACCUGCACAAAUCAACUGCUCUAAUCAUCCAAAUAGCCCGGAGGAAAAAAUUAACCACCAAAUGUUUUGCCGUAGCAGGAUCGAGCCGUGCGGCGUUUGCGGCCACCGCGUCCUCGUGCCUCCCCUCUCCUCCACGCUCUACUGCAACGCUUGUCAUACGACGACGAGCCUCCAGAGCUCUCAUGACUCCGCCGCCCGUCCCCGUCAUGGCCUGCUUCGACACGCGAGGGGAUGGCUGAGAGGCAUGUUCUCUAAUGGAGGAUUUGGGUCGACUGGAUCAGUCGGAUCUUCGUCGUCUGACUACCGGCAAUUGGUACAUGAAGACAGCGGUCGGUCUGCGAUGAGCUGGCCGGCGAGUUUUCCGACUGAUCGAGCGAAGAAGAGGGCGGUGCUGGUCGGCGUGAGCUAUAGUUUUAAGUCGUAUCAGUUGAGGGGAACCGUUAAUGAUGUGAAAUGCAUGAGAUACUUUCUCUGUGAGAAGUUCCAGUUCCCUAACGAUAGCAUCCUGAUGCUUACUGAGGAGGAGCGAGACCCGAAAAGGGUACCGACGAAGGAGAACAUUCGAGCGGCGAUGCGAUGGCUCGUGUGCGGCAACCAACCUGGCGACUCACUCGUCUUCCAUUUCUCCGGCCACGGCUCGCAGAAGCUCGACCUAUCAGGUGACGAGGUCGACGGCUACGCAGAGACUCUCUGUCCUGUUGACUACGAGGAUAAAGGGGUCAUCCUCGAUGACGAGCUCAACGCCACUCUCGUCCGCCCACUCCGUACAGGCGUCAAGCUCCACGCCAUCAUUGAUUCUUGCCACAGCGGCACGGUCCUCGACCUCCCCUAUCUCUGCCGGACGUCCAGAGGGGGCUCCUUUCAAUGGGAAGAUCAUACCCCAAAAUCAGGUGCAUUUAAAGGGACUUCUGGUGGGUUGGCUAUAUGUAUAAGUGGCUGUGAUGAUAGUCAAUCAGCGCAAGACACUCAGACUCUAUCGGGCUCUGCCAUAACUGGUGCCAUGAUAUACAGUUUAAUUUAUGCUGUCGAAACUGAUCCAGGAACAACAUAUGGUCGCUUGCUCAGUAACAUGCGCUCUGUCAUUCGUGGGGCAGAUGCUUUUGUCGGGUUCAGCGGUCCAGUAGCCUCUUUUUUGAAAAGAGUGCUCAGUUAUGGAAUCAAACAGGAACCUCAGCUGUCAGCUUCUGAAAUCUUCGACAUUUAUCGGAAGCCUUUUCUCCUUUAAAAGAAGUAAUUCAUUGUUGUGGCUGUCAUUAUUAUUUACAUAUAUGCUUGCUCACUGCAAAAUACUACCCCCAUCAGCAAAAAGGUUAUCGAUGCUAUUUUAGAAUUUCAGUUUUUGAGUGAUAUUAUGCUGGUACACAUGUUUGCUUGAACUAUUUAUGAAAUUCGCAUCACAGGAUAUGGGUAGAGUUGGGGUAGAAUGUUCUUACCUUUUAUUUAAUCAACGCCUGAUGGCUUUCAUGAAUGCUUCUGCUGAUGAUCAAAGGAAAAGUAAAUUAUUCAUCAUUUUAGUUA